CAAUUAUUAGCAAAAGUAGAAGCGAUGAAUAGUCAAAAGAAUGAAUACCAAGAUAGGGACUUUGAUGAUAUUCCUUGUGAUUUUGAUCGUUUCGGAAAAAUAUUUUCGAGCUCGAAUGACUCUUUCUCUCGUGGCUCUCCUACGCCACCUAGUCCUGAAGCAGCUGAAACGCCCAAAGGCGUUUCGCCUAAUCUUGAUCACAUACAGGAGACAGUCUCUGUAGAAGAUUCCUGUUGUGCUUCAGAGCAAGUUUCUGAGGUGUCUGAGCUAAAAGACAGCAUGAACACUGAUCCAGAAGUAAUAGAAGUUGCAAUGGACAGGGAUUUAGAUCAUCUCGUUCCUGAAGCUACUAGUGAAUUUUUUAAGUCUGGAACAUUACAGAGUGAAGAGGAAGCUUCAAUAGAGAUCCAGCCUAUACAUCCUCCAGCCACUCCUUUCAAAUAUAUUUCGAGUGAUGAGGAAGAAGAUGAAAAAGAGUUUACUCAAAAUUAUCCCCAUUCAGAAGGCAGUGAAAUGUCUGAAACUGAGUGAAGGCAAAUCAGUGGCUACAUUGAUCGCUUUGUUGACAUCAAGGAGUCUCUUGCUGAAGAAAACAAGGGAGUCAUAUAUGAUCUUAAAUCAAAACAAAUGGAGCUGUAUCAUCUGAAAGUUCAAAACAAGAAGCUCGAAACUGAUAUGAAGAAUCUUGAACAGGAAUUUUCAAUUGCCAAUCACCAAAAAGAGCAAGCUAAAGCUCAGCUGAUUGAGUCGGAGCAGAGACAUAGUGAUGAAAUCACUGCUCUUGAAGCCAAGAUAUCAGACCUCAAGAAGGUAGAGACCAACCAGAGUCAGCUCCUUCAAGAGAAAUCUGCAGAGAUCAGUAAACUUACCCUAAACUUGCAGAAAAUACUCAAAGAAAAAGAAGAGAUUUCAGAAGAUCUUGACUUGGAAAGAGAAGCAAGAAUAAUCCUCAAUGAUGAGUUUCAAGAAGCCAACCAAAAGCUUGAAGCUUGUUAUGAUGAGAAGAGCCGACUCAAGAAGGAUCUCAAUGCGAUCCAAGAGGAAAGAGUCAGCCUUCUUUCAGAAUUGAAGAAGUAUAAAUCUCAGUGAGCUAAACUGCAGACUGAAUUAGACUCUCGUAAGAAGAUUUCUGAUACCGUUCAGAAAUAUAACAAACAAAUUUUGGAACUCAGGUCUAGCAAAGAUGUCUUAAAGGCUGCCCUAGAUCAUAAGACGCAGGAAUAUAUUGACCUGAAGAAGCAGUAUGAGAUCCUGCAGAAGAGGAAGAUUGUUAGAAACAACACAAUGGAAGCUCCUGCAGCAGGCAAGAUCGACAGAUUUAGCAUUCUUAGUCAGAAAUCAAUUACUUCUUGGAAAGAUGAGAGCAUGGAUAGCAAAAAUGAAAGAAUUCUCCAGAAGCACUUAGAAAAGGAGAGAUCAGAUAAUAAGAAAAAGUCUGAGAUUAUUGAUGAUCUAAAUCAGCAAUUGCUAUCAAACAAGAAGCAUUUGAAGAAUACUGAGAAGAGACUCCAAGAAUCGAACAAGGAAAGAAAGGAAGAAUGAAGAAAACUGAAAGUAGAAAUUCAGAAAUGUUCCUUUAAAAAUCGGAAACUAAGAAAGAAAUUAGACAUGAUCAUUGAAACUCAUGGCAACCAUAGAGAAGAAACAGGCACAUUUGGCGAUCAAAAAGGUGCUAUGGAGGUUGAAGGUCAUGUUGAAAGAAGCAUGAGAGAACCAUAUGUUUCAAUAUCAGAUUCUAAGCCUAAAAAGAAGAAGGCAUUCAAGCAUUCUGAGAAUAAGAACUUACUCAAAAGAACUCCUUUUAAAGAUGAGAUAAUGAAAGAAAUCAGAAAUGCUAAUGUUAAGCUUGAUGAAAUCACUAAGAAGAUUUUGAAAAGAGGAAACAAAACUAAGAGAGAGAAACAGAAGCACAGAAUUGAUGAGGUGAGGAGUAAAGAAAUAGUUCAAGAGGGACCAUAUAAGUACAUCACUCCUCAAAAGGACCAUAUUUGUUAUAAGAGACCACAGAUGUACACUGAAGCGAAGAAGAAGAUCAAAUUCACUCCUUAUUCUGUGUCAAAAUCUAACUUAAAUUGUACAGAUGUUGACAUUGUCCCAGCUGGGCAUCAUUCUCCCUUAAGAGUCAAGCCCUAUAAGAUGAUUGGGCGUAAUGGGAACUUGAGAAGUAGCAGAAGCUUUAGCAAACUUCAUUACUAAGGUUGUAUAAAUAUUUCAUAUUCAGUUUUG